UCUAUAAAUACCUCUGCUUCGUUAACUUUAUUUUAUCCAUUCACAAAAUUUAUUGAUUACACAACAAUGAAAGUUAUUAACGUUAGACUAUUCAUGGUACCUUUUCUUCUUGUUGCAUUAUUGUCAACAACCUCCUUUUCCUUUUUUCUCGUAAAGGCUCAAGAUGUCGCUGAACCGGUGCUCGACGUUUCCGGUAACGCUGUUCGUACAGGAGUGAAUUAUUACAUCCUUCCAGCGGGUCGGGGCAACGGUGGUGGACUUCAGGUUGCAUCCAUUAGGAACCGGACCAACCCGCUAGUCGUAAGCCAAAACGCCGAUGAAUCUAUAAUCGGCGUUACCGUUCAAUUUUCACCAGUGGACCCUAAAGAAAACACCGUCAGAUUAUCAACUGAUAUGAACGUAAAAUUUACGUCUAUGGAAAUAUCUGAUUCUUCCACAGUAUGGAAAAUUAACAACGAAUUAAUUCCAGAACGUUAUUUGGUUACGGUUGGCGGAGUUGAAGGAAAUCCUGGGCGUGAAACUUUGGGCAAUUGGUUCAAUAUUGACAAGUACGAGGAUGCGUACAAACUUGUGUAUUGUCCUGGAGUUUGCAACAUUUGCAGACCAUUUUGUGGAGAAAUUGGUAUACUUGUGGAAAAUGGUAAAAGGCUUUUGUUUGUUGGUAGCGAUCCACCUCUCAAAGUUACAUUUCGUAAGCUCUAGGAUUACUAAUAUUAUACUAUGGUACUAAGUAUAUAUAUGUGUGUGAUUUCACUGUUUAUAUAAUAUGCAUCAGUGAAGAAAUAAAGAAGAGUAGUCUUCUGGUAGUAGUGUUGACUGUUGAUAAUGUAAUGAAAUAAUAAAGAUUGUUAUGAUUUUAUCCAGCCACGUACACUUGGGUAUCGACCCACACCCUUUCGU